AGAAGAGCGGAAGAGGCUCGCGCGACAGGGGGCGGGGCUUAGCGUUCUCUUUAAGUGUAAGGCGAGCGGCGCGCGCGUCUCUUUCUCUCUCAGUCUCACUCCAUCUCCACUCCUCCGUCACUCACUCCAUCUCCACUCCUCCGUCAUGACCUCCAAGUGUCCCAGGUGCGAGGAGCCGGUGUUCUUCGCGGAGAAGGUGAGCUCUCUGGGGAAGAACUGGCACCGUUUCUGUCUGAAAUGUGAACGCUGUAAUAAGAUUCUCUCUCCUGGAGGCCAUGCUGAGCAUGAAGGGUUGCCGUACUGUCACAAACCGUGCUACGGAACCCUGUUUGGUCCAAAAGGUGUGAAUAUUGGAGGGGCGGGGUCUUAUGUUUAUGACACGCCCCCUCAGACACUAUAUGAUGGACCUUCAGAGGUUUCGCCCAAAACUCCGUGGUCCAUCUCUCACAUCGAGCAUCAUCAACCCAAAGUACCAGCUGUCCCGAUUCGUAUGUUCUCUGGCGAGACGUCUCUGUGUCCCGGCUGCGGGAAAGUCGUUUAUUUCGCGGAGAGAGUGAUGUCACUGGGUCGUAACUGGCACCGGCCGUGUCUGCGCUGCGAGAGGUGCAAAAAAACACUGACCUCUGGAGGACAUGCAGAGUUGUGUUUUUCAGCACGAGGGUCGGCCGUACUGCCACGUGCCCUGCUACGGCUACCUGUUCGGCCCAAAAGGUGUGAACAUCGGUGAGGUGGGCUGUUACGUUUACGAGCAGGACGAGAACGGAGAGAACGAGAUUCUCAGUUAAUUCACAAGAAGCUGAAAUUAAAAAGGAUUAUUUUCACCUCGAUAUCAACACAGAUGUUUUUAUUUUUAAUAAAUUUACAUGAAUAAUAAUCACUUGGAAAAUGUUACACUAUUUAAUAUUUUACAAACUGAAUUUGAUAAAAUUCCCCACAAACACACGGACGUGAUGUUACACACUUUAACAAUGUUCACGUUUUGUCAUUAUAAAUCACGACCUGUAUAUUUACAUUUAUUUAAAGCAUAAAUAAAGAAAAUUAGCUGCAGUUCAGUUUUUAAAUAAAUCUGAUCGGAGUAUUUACACGAUCAUGUCAUGUACAUUAAUAAAUAAAAUGAUAAAGGUU